AUGGCCACAGAAACGCUAAAGUUAUUAUAUUUUGAGUAUAAGGUUGUCCCCGGGCAAAGUGAAAUGAACCAGAAGACAAAUGAGAAUGUAGAAAGCUAUGCUCAAUUCCUUCUAAAACCCCAGAAACCCAUUAAGCCCUAUAUCUGCUCACCUCUGAAUGAUUUUCAAGAGGAGAGAGACUUUUUAGCAAACAACAUCUUCCCUCAGCUCAAUGAUCUCUGCAGUUCCCGGGGCACAUACUUCAAAGCUGUGGACCUCAGUUGGUCAGCGCUUAAGGCCCCGAAAUCCUUGCCCUCUGACCUGCUGCGACAAUAUUCUUGUCUCCGCUCCCAACAUCUCAAGCUCUGUCUCGAUUAUGUGAACAUCUGCUUCCCCUUUUUCAUCUGCAUGCUGGGUCAGACAUACGGAGACUUUCUUCCUGACAACUCACCUUUCAUGUUCGCCAAAGCAACUGACUUGUCCAAUUUAUCCAGUGUAGAACAGAAUCUCUACAUUGCUGCAAAAAAUGGUUAUCCUUGGGUCCUGGAGAAUCCCAACUGCAGUCUAACAGAGUUUGAGAUUAUCCAAGCAGCAUUUCUGAAGGAGUCUCAAUUUCAGUACUUUUACUUUAGGACUGGAGCCACACUGCUGAAGACUUUAGAUGAGCAAAAAGAGGACAGACUGCCCUCAGCUCCUCCAAUCAAUGAAGAGGAAAAAUUGAGGAUUGGAAAGCUCAAGGCCAAGAUUAUUAGUAAAGGGCUUCCCGUCAGAUUUUAUAGAGAUCUCCAUGAGUUGGGUGAGCUGAUUUUCAACGACUGGUCAGUUGUGAUAGAAAAGCUUUACCCGGCCACUUUAAUGAUUGAAAAUAUAGACUACAAGCACAGCUUUGAACAUUUCUAUCAUGAAGAGUUUACUGAAAAGUGUCAGCAGUUCGUUAUCUCCAAGGAGUCAAACAGGACCUUUGAAAUCUUGGAAAGAUUUGCCUUAAAGGAUGUGGAACUUGAUUCCAACACUGCAGCUGCAGGUUCCAGUUUGGAUUCAGUUCUCAGAAUCAGUUCCCUUCCAACUGACAAGUCAAUUUUGCUCUUGUCUGGAGAACGUGGUUGUGGGAAGUCCACUCUGAUUGCCAACUGGGUGAAUUAUUUCAAAGAGAAAUAUCCGAGUAUGUUGAUGAUCCCUCAUUUUGUGGGGAGUACCUGUGAAAGCAGUGACAUCAUGUCCGUGAUCCAUUACUUCAUCACAGAAUUACAGCACAAAAACUAUGGAACUCAGCUCGAAACGGAUGUUCUUAAUGAAGACUCAGAUGUCUUGAUCUUUUCACUACUUGUGGACGUGUUCAUUGCUUCCAUCAGUUUAAAGCCAUGUAUACUUGUACUAGAUGGAAUUGAAGAAUUGAUUGGCAUUUAUGGAGUUUCAGGCCAGAAGGCAAAAGACUUUUCCUGGCUGCCAAGCUCGCUAUCUCCUCAUUGCAAAUUUAUCAUGAGCACUGUCUCCUCCAGCCUGUCCCACAAGUCGCUAUGUGCCCGCCCAGAUGUGAGGACGGUGGAACUCAUUAGCCCAGGAGAUGAAGAAACAAAACUAAACAUCUUUCGACGGCAUUUCUCCUUUCCCAUUCCAGACCCCUUCCAUCAGAGCAGACAAGCUUUGAGGAAAAAACCAAACCUCAGUCCUUUAAAACUCACAAUCCUGGCCAAUGAACUGAAAGAAUGUCGAAUUUACCGAAAUGAGUUUCAGUGUAUGAGGGAGUACAUGAAGAUGGUCUCUGUUCAGGAGCUCUGGGAAUUGAUCCUGAAACGCUGGAUUGAAGACUAUAGUUGGACUUUUAAACCAAAAAAGGCAAAGUCAGAUGCUGUGUCUUCAGGAGAAGGGUGGGAUGGCUGGGUGGCCGACGCCCUGUGCUUGCUGUGCGUCUCACAUUGUGGGUUGGCCGAGGAGGAGCUGCUCCAGCUUCUGGACAUGCUGGGCUACAGGAAUCACUACAAAGUGACCCCAGUGCACUGGGCUGCCUUCCGCAAUGCCACCAGACUGUGGGUCCAGGAGAAGCCCGACGGUCUUCUGUACUUCCAGCACCAAUCCCUGCGAAGUGCGGUGGAGCACAAGCUUCUGGGAGCAAUCACUCCUGUCAGAGAAAGCAGUUCGUACACAUUUCGGAACCCAGCGAACUACAAGAAAACCCAUUUUCACCAAGUCUUGAUCAGAUAUUUCCAGCAGCAAAGCACUUUCUGGAGAGUGUACCAAGAGCUGCCAUGGCACAUGAAGAUGAGUGGGUGCUGGGCCGAGCUGUGCGACUUCCUCUCAAGCCCGAGCAUCACAGACUUCAUAUCAAAGAUCCAAAACCCGAGUUUCUGGACACGGCUACACCUCGUUCACUACUGGAAUGUGCUGUUGGAGACCGGCUAUGAUGCUUCUGGUGCCUAUUUACUCUCGGUGGCCGAGAUGAAAGCAGACCAGUGCCAUAAAAUGAGGAAGCGGUGUACGCUCUCAGUCCUCUUUGUCGUCCAGUACUGCCGAGGUGGCCUCCAUCCAGAUGGGAACAGAUACUCUUUGACUUUCUGCUUGGGUGACUUGGCCAGGACCCAUCCAGAAAUGUCAGGGCUUAGGGAUGCGGGAGGGGGCGGUUCUGUGCAGGAAGCUGACCGCUUACCAGAGGAAGAUGAGAUCUCCAAGGGAGG